AUGGCAUUUAUAAGACGGUACCGGGCGUCUGACUUUGCGGCCACCGCACACAUUUGCCGCGAAACACUGCCAGCGGACGUGUCGACGUCCCAGCUCCUGCGUCGCCUGGCGCCGUACAUCUGGACACACCCGUACACGCACCUCUCGCCGGGGACGUGCUUCGUGCUGGACGACGGCGGCGGGCGCGCGGUGGGCUACUGCAUCGGGUGCGCGGACGCGGAGGCCCUGGCGGCCGGGUACGACGCGUACGUGGCGGGCGUGCUGGAGCCGUCGGGGGAGAUUGGCCCGCCGGCGGACGGCGUCGACGCGUCGCGCAGGCUGGACUGGGUGGUCGACGGGCGGUUCUGCGAGGAUGCGCUGGCGCAGACGGCCUACUCGGGCCACUGGCUGCUGGUGGACGGCAACGAGCGUCUCCUGGCCGAGGGCUAUAGGGCCACCAUGCACAUUGACCUGCUGGGCGAGUGGCAGGGCAAGGGGUGGGGGAGGAGGUUGAUUGAGGCCUUUGUCGAGAGCGUGAGGCCGGUUGGGAUGGCGGAUGGCGCGGCCGCGUGCAAGGGCAUCUGGAUUGGCGUCGGCUUGUCCAAUGCAAAGGUUGUGCCGUUUUAUGAGAAGCAGGGGUUUCGGGUGAAGCAGAGGGAGGCCGAGGGCCAGGCCAUCACCAUGGUGAGAGACUAUUAA